AUGAAGUUCAAGAUCAAACUUCCCUUUUAGGUGUUACUUUUACCUGGUAGUGCAAGAGUUUAUCAAGUGAAGAUCGCAUUUGCUAUGACUACAAUCAUCAAAUAGUUUAAAUAAAUCAAGGGAUAAGCUCAAUCUCUUUCCCUGAAAGAAACUUCCAGCCCUAUAGCAUCAUAGUUUUAACAAUAGAAGGAUAAAAAGAAAAAAGAAUUAGAUAUUCCUCCAUUAAUUGUUUUAUAACCCCCACAGCAAUAAAAUCAGAAAAUAAAUUUAAAUUAAGAUCUUAACUUUGUUAUUCAAUACGGUUCCAAUAUUUCUUCGGAUAUUUUAUCAUAUGCUGGAGCUUUGUUGUAUAAAAAUAAAAUAGUUGGAGCCAUAAAAUUUGAUUACUACUAGGUAAAAUUUAGAAUAUGGAGCUAUUUUUAAAAUAUAGAUCCUUCCAUUCCAACAGUUUAAGUACGUUUUUCAGUUUACAAUCCAUCUUAUGUCAUGCCAAGUUUAGCAACAAUUACCCUUUUAAUUAACAUUCCUCCUAAAAAUUGCAUUCUUUCUAUAAGUCCAAACCAAGGAGUAGCACUCUAAACAAUUUUUUCUAUCAAGUUCUCAAAUUGUGUUGAUGAAGACUCUCCUUUAACUUACUAGUUCUUUUACUAUAAUAACCAAGCUGAUUACGAACUAGAACUAGAUUCCCCUUGGAAUAUUUCAAGAAGAUUAAUAAAAGAUUAAACAACUAGCUAUGUGAUGAACACUACUCUACCUUAAGGAAGCUUAGUGAUAAUGAGCCAAGUAAUGGACUCUUAACUUGGAAUUUCUAAUAGCACUUUAACUAUUCAAGUUAAUGGACAAAAUGAAACAGAAGAUAAUUAUUAUUAACUUGUGGACUAACUUAUAAAAUAAGCCUAAUUUAAGCAAAAACAAACAACUUUUGGCAUCUUAGAAAAUCAAUGA